CCCGCAGAGCGUUUCCAGCACCGACCAGCACCGAACUGGGUACUGGAGGGGUCACUACCGAAUCCGAGUCCCUACCUACGUACUACUACUAUAUCUUCUUCUUCCACGAACGAACAAGAUCCAUCAAACACACAUGCGCCGCCAAAACCUCACCACCCUCAUCUCCAACUCCACAACCCUGUCCCACCUCAACCAGAUCCUGGCCCACCUAAUCCUCACCAACCUCCAAUCCAACCUCUCAUUAGUCACCAAGUUCUCCCAAAAGCUCUCAGAUCUCGGCAACGUCACCCAAUCUCACCUCCUCUUCUCCUCCAUCCACCGUCCUGAUCGCUUCCUCUUCAACGUCCUCAUCCGAUCCUUCUCCCAAAAUAACCUCCCAUCGUCCGCCAUCUCCCUCUACGGUCAGCUCCUCCAAAACCCCCACCUCCAGCCGGACAAUUUCACCUUUGCAUUCGCGAUCGCCGCUUCCUCGUCGCUGAAUUCCAAUCGCGCCGGUCGUUUGCUCCACGCCCACACGAUUGUUAGUGGGUAUGGACCAGAUCGGUUCGUCGCAUCUACAGUUGCUGAUUUUUACCUCAGAUUCUCGGAUAUUGACAAUGCAUGCAAGGUGUUCGAUAGAAUUCCUGACCGAGAUACCGUUUGUUGGAACACGGUCAUUUCUGGGUUAGUUUGGAAUGGGUGUUUUGUGGAGUCCGUGCGGGUUUUCGAGAGGAUGGUUGGAAGUGGGGCCCAGUUCGAUUCGACCACGUUGGCCGCUGUCCUCCCAGCAUUGGCGGAGCUGCAGGAAUUGAAAGUGGGGGCGAAGGUGCAUUGCUUGGCGAUGAAGAGAGGGAUGGAUUCGAAUGAUUUUGUCUCAACGGGUUUGAUUUCGAUGUAUUCAAAAUGCGGGGAGGUGUCCAUGGCGAGAUUAUUGUUUGGGCAGAUCGAUGAGCCGGAUUUGAUCGCUUGGAAUGCAAUGAUUUCUGGGUAUUCUUGCAAUGGUGAUGUCAAGUCCGCGAUGAGUCUGUUCAAAGCAUUGAUGAUUGAUGGUGGGAAAGCAAAUUCAAGCACAGUCGUUGGUUUGAUCCCAGUGUUCUCGCCAUUUGGACAUAUGGGGCUUUCCCAAUCCAUCCAUGGAUUUUCUAUAAAGGCUGGGAUCUAUCUAAAUUCGGCAGUCUCAACUGCUCUUGCCACUGUUUAUGCUAGAUUAAAUGAUAUGGAAUCUGCACGGCAACUCUUUGAUGAAAUGCCUGAGAAAAGCUUGGCAUCAUGGAAUGCGAUGAUUUCUGGUUAUGCUCAAAAUGGGUUUACGGAUAUGGCAAUCUCACUCUUUCGGCGAAUGCAGAUGGGGGAAGUCCGGCCGAAUCCAAUUACAGUGACUAGCAUUCUUUCAGCAUGUGCUCAGCUCGGAGCUCUCAGUUUAGGUAAAUGGAUACAUGAACUGAUCAUUAAAGAACGUAUAGAUUCAAAUGUAUAUGUCUCAACGGCAUUGAUAGACAUGUAUGUGAAAUGUGGAAGCAUUGGGGAGGCGCGGCAUUUGUUCAAUGGGAUGUCAGAAAAGAAUGUGGUCUCUUGGAAUGCCAUGAUAUCCGGCUACGGUCUCCAUGGCCAGGGGCCUGAAGCUCUCAAGCUAUUUGCAGAAAUGUUGAAUGUUGGUGUUGUCCCCACGGCAGUUACAUUCCUUUCGGUCCUGUAUGCGUGCAGUCAUGCAGGCUUGGUAACCAAUGGUUGUGAAAUAUUCGAAUCGAUGACCCAUGAGCAUGGGAUCAUGCCUGGGUCUGAGCAUUAUGCAUGCAUGGUUGAUCUCCUUGGAAGAGCCGGGCAGCUCGAGAAGGCCCUGGAGUUUAUAAAGACAAUGCCUGUCGAGCCGGGUCCUGGCGUCUGGGGUGCACUACUCGGUGCAUGUAUGAUACACAAGAAUGCGAGCCUGGCCCGGAUAGCCUCUGAGAGAUUGUUUGAAUUGGAGCCAGAGAACACAGGCUACUAUGUCCUACUCUCAAACAUAUAUUCAUCUGAUCGGAAUUAUCCGCAGGCGGCUAUAGUUCGUCAGUUGGCCCAGAGGAGGAAGUUGGCUAAGACGCCUGGGUGCACCCUAAUAGAAGUUGGUGAUACUCUACAUGUAUUUACGGCUACUGAUCGGUCCCACCCACAAUCGGAUGAAAUCUAUGCAAUGCUGGAGAAGUUGAUUGGGAAGAUGACAGAGGCCGGAUUCCGAGCGGAGACUGAUGUGGCAUUAUAUGAUGUGGAGGAGGAAGAGAAGGAGCAGAUGGUGAAGGUCCAUAGUGAGAAGUUGGCCAUUGCUUUUGGGCUGAUUAGCACUGAGCCAGGGACUGAGAUUAGGAUAAUUAAGAAUCUUAGGGUGUGUUUGGAUUGCCACAAUGCAACUAAGUUUAUAUCGAAGAUUACUGAGAGAGUGAUCGUUGUUAGGGAUGCUAAUAGAUUUCAUCAUUUUAGAGAUGGCGUGUGUUCUUGUGGAGAUUACUGGUGAUGGCCUAAAAGCUUGGUGGGCCGUCAAUCAUUGCGUAAGGGCCCACAUUAUUGUGGUCUAUGUGGUGUGAUUAUAAGAUGGAAUUAAUAACGCUAAACACAUGAACAGGAGAGCAAUGGAGGAAUCACACUUGAGGUCUUCAGCUGGACCCGCAUGUAUGAGAUCCGAAUCGUUCGUUCCGUGGAGCCUACUGUUAAUUGGCUGUAGUUUCACUGAUCAAGCAAUCCUAGCCUUUCAAUUUGGGGACCUUUCCCAAAUCAAAUUUAAACUAAUCAUCUUGUGUUUGUUGUAACGGAGUGCAGUGCAACCGGUACACUAAUCAGUAAAAUUUAGAGAGCAGGUCUUAAGUCCAGACAGUUGGACCAUAAGUUACCGUCCGCCCAGCGGAUAACUUCCAAUCUUUCAUGUGUGGGAGACAUCCAAUCCGUCAAAUAGCUCAUCUGCAGUGUGAGGAUCGCCUUAUGGAAAAAUUAUACACAUCCUGUCAUCGACUGGACCACAAUUGUAUGAUGUUAUUUAUCAAUGGCCAAACAUUGUUUUUCUAUGGUGUGGCCCACCUGAAUGAAUUAUUUUUUUUAAAGUUAUUUUAAGGUAAUGUCCAGUGCUUAUUAUUCUGCAAUUUCUGUUAACCCAAAUUAAAGUACAGCAUCUGUUUUAUGCUGCAGGGUGAAACACUCAAGCUUGAACACCAUGGUUUAUAUGUGAAA